UUGUUUUAGAUACACAGAUAUGUAAUUUGAACUUUAAAAUCGCCUAAAACUAUAUAUACCGAAAUGUCACUGUAUCUCUAAUAAGUUUAAUUACAGAUUAUAAUUUUCUUUUUUGCACUUGCAUUUCUGAAUUCUUUGCACUAAAAAUGUCUUUCUUGUAAUAAUAAAAAGAAAAAGAAAAUAAGAGGGCGAACUUUUUUAUCCUGAGGAAAGUGCAGGGGGAGGUUGGAAAAAGAAAAAGAGGUGGUCACGAUCGGUAGCAAAGAGUGGAGGAGAUGCUGACUAAUCUAUUAAGGAUUUACUAAAGAGGUGCUAUCUAGAUAAAUAAAACACCAAGAUCAGAGUUAAAGCAUGGGUUGGUUUUUAUCUAAAAUAUCAUUUCUCAGAUAGUGGGAUAAAGAACAAACUAGAUCUUGAAGUACAGUUUCACGACGUCAGCUGACAAAGUAAAUAAAGUGAGAUGAAUUACCUCUGUUUUUGCCUUCCUGUAUAUAAUUUGUGCCUCUCUGAUGCUAUCACACUAUAUAUGGUGCUCUCAAAUGAUCAUCCAGAUAUAUAAUGUAUAUUAGAUACUUCACAGAACUUGAAGGUAGGUUUUAGACACAAGGUAUAAUCUAAGGGCGAGACACCCAUUAUUUCUUUUUGAGAUGUCAUCUAAAAUGAUUAAUAGGAACCAUGAGCUAUUGUUCCUUUUAAUCAUCUCUGGACUGUUUUCACAGAUGUGUACAUGCUAAAGAAAGACUUUAAGAAUUGGGAGACUCUGGAUAUCUACAAAUACAGAAAAAACUAAAUCAACCUUUAUCUCUUACUCAUGAUAACCACCAAAGUGAAAUAAAGUUUGUUAUAUAAGACUAUAAAGUUUUUAAAGGAUUUGCCACUCAGGAACUGUAAACCAGAAUAAUAGAAGGGCAUUCUGAUUAAGUAUACAUCAGUACAUCAGCACAUUUUUAGCUGAUAAAAUGAAGUCAAAAGAGUAGAAAAGAUCAGAAAUUUCAUCUAAUGAGAAGGAAUAGAAUUUUAUAACUAGAAGGAAGCUUGGAGUUUUUUAUCCAGCCUUAUUGUAUCAUUUUACAGGAAAAAACAAACAAAAAAAAAAACAUAUACCUAAAUCUUGACUUUUCCAACGUGGCACAAUAAUUACUUGCUGAUAGAGGACUACACGCCAGGACUACGUCUCCCAAUACAAGCCACUCUCCACAAUACAUUCUCAACACAUAUUUACAAAAUUACCUAAGCUGAUUUUGUUUUCUUGUUUCUUCAGGGAAACCCUGCCCACCAUGUAGUAGUCGACAUGGGAAACUGGAGCACUGUGACCGAAUUCACCCUAAUUGCCUUCCCAGCUCUCCUGGAGAUUCGAAUAUCUCUCUUUGUGGUUCUUGUGUUAACUUACACAUUAACAGCAACAGGAAACAUCAUCAUCAUCUCCCUGAUAUGGAUUGAUCAUCGCUUGCAAACUCCAAUGUACUUCUUCCUCAGUAAUUUGUCCUCUCUGGAUAUCUUAUACACCACUGUCAUUACCCCAAAGUUGUUGGCCUGCCUCCUAGGAGAAAAGAAAACCAUAUCUUUUGCUGGUUGCAUGACCCAAGCAUAUUUCUACUUCUUUCUGGGGACAGUGGGGUUUAUCCUCUUGGCAGUAAUGUCCUUUGACCGCUACGUGGCUAUCUGCGACCCACUGCGCUACAUGGUCAUCAUGAACAGCAGGGCCUGCCUCCUGCUGGUUCUGGGAUGCUGGGUGGGGGCCUUCCUGUCUGUGUUGGUUCCAACCAUUGCAGUGACACGGCUACCUUACUGUAGGAAAGAAAUUAAUCAUUUUUUCUGUGACAUUGCCCCUCUUUUACAGGUGGCCUGUAUAAAUACUCACCUCAUUGAGAAGAUAAACUUUCUCCUCUCUGCCCUUGUCAUCCUGAGUUCCCUGGCAUUCACUACUGGGUCCUACGUGUGCAUAAUUUCUACCAUCCUACAUAUCCCUUCCACCCAGGGACGUCAGAAAGCUUUUUCUACCUGUGCUUCUCAUAUCACUGUUGUCUCCAUUGCCUAUGGGAGCAACAUCUUUGUGUAUGUGCGACCCAAUCAGAACUCCUCACUGGAUUAUGACAAGGUAGCUGCUAUCCUCAUCACAGUGGUGACCCCUCUCCUGAAUCCUUUUAUCUACAGCUUGAGGAAUGAGAAGGUAAAGGAAGUGUUGAGAGAGACAGUGAAAAGAAUCAUGACCUUGAUACUAAGGAAAACUUGACACUGGUAUGUACUACAUCAAAUACAUUUCCUUUUUUUAUUUUUUUUUUAAGUUCCAGGGUAAGUGU